AGCGCAGGCUUUGGCUGUUUAUUGUUCCUGCCUCAGCACGGACAGAGAAAACGGGCUAAGAAGCUGCCAGCUACCUUUUUUUUCACACGGUUAACGGUUGGUUUAACGAGGGUGUAACGGUCGAGACAACUGACUGCACAAACCAGGGGCCAUGGCGUAUGCGUACCUCUUCAAAUACAUCAUCAUCGGAGACACAGGUGUGGGAAAGUCAUGUCUAUUACUACAGUUCACAGACAAGAGAUUUCAGCCAGUUCACGACCUCACCAUCGGUGUGGAGUUUGGAGCGAGGAUGAUCACUAUAGAUGGCAAACAGAUCAAACUGCAGAUCUGGGAUACGGCUGGUCAGGAGUCGUUCCGGUCCAUCACCAGGUCUUACUACAGAGGAGCUGCAGGAGCACUGCUAGUCUAUGACAUCACAAGACGGGACACCUUCAACCACUUGACGACCUGGUUAGAGGACGCUCGCCAACAUUCCAACUCAAAUAUGGUCAUCAUGCUCAUCGGCAACAAGAGUGACCUGGAGUCGAGGAGAGAGGUGAAGAAAGAGGAAGGUGAAGCGUUUGCCAGAGAACACGGCCUCAUAUUCAUGGAGACCUCAGCCAAGACUGCCUCUAAUGUCGAGGAGGCUUUCAUCAACACAGCCAAGGAGAUCUACGAGAAGAUCCAGGAGGGGGUGUUCGAUAUCAACAAUGAGGCUAAUGGUAUUAAGAUUGGACCCCAGCACCCUACCACCAACUCCACGCUGACCGGUAGCCAGGGAGGCCAACAGGCUGGAGGGGGCUGCUGCUGAACCCCCAGAACACACCUCCUCCUUCAACCCCAACCCCCUCCCCCCUCCUCCCCACUCCUCCCCCUCCUCCUCCCCCUCGCCCUCUCCGGCCCUUCCUCGCAUUUCUACAGAACUGUCCAGGCUCACUAACAGUUUGUUAACCUCUCUGUCUCUACUGCUCCAUUCUUUCACACCCAUCCAUCCCUCCCUUCCCCCUCCCUCUCUGUCUCUCUCUCUCUCUCUCUCUGUCUCUCUCUCUCUCUCUCUCUCUCUCUCUCUCUCUCUCCCGUCUUUCAGCCAUGUCUUUCGUAAGUCUCUUCGCCGUAGAGGUGGAGAGGCUGCGUUCUCAUAAAUCAUCCUGACUUCCUGCAGUCUUAUGAGGAUAAGAGUCAGAUUCACCUGCAGAUAAACUGACCAAAUUCUAAAGUUCACCUUUUUUUCUUUUUUUUUUUUGGUUAGAUAAACAGGUUUUAAUCUUUUUAUUUAAAAACAUCCAUGCAUCUUAAUUCAUGCUGAUGUUGUCGGGAUAAUUGAGUACCUCAGAAUUAUAAAAAAAAACAAAACAACAACUAUAUUUUCAGUAACAGUGAGUUGACUUUGUCCAGAUAGAGACAGGAUCGUGAGUAGAGAUUAAACACACUCUUAACAACUGACUGUAUGGAAUAAACCAUGCUCUGUGUUGUGUCUGCACACACACAUUUGUACAUGUUUUUAAAGAAAAUUACACAGCACGUUGGCAGCAGGACGUGUUCCUACAUGUUGAGUCAGUUUUCAUGCUGUGCCUGUGUGUAUAGGGAUGAUAUAGGUAUUCCAGUAUGUCAGGUUGUAAGGAUUGGGAGGCUUUCAAUUCACUGUAUUUUCUUUCCAUGAAACAAUGUGCAAAUUAUGUCAUUUCGCGCGUCCUCUCCCCCCUUUUUUUUUUUUCAUCAUGUUAUUUUGUUCUCUCUCCGUCUUUGUGUCCUUUUCGUUGACUUGCAAAUGAUUUGUAUUUAAUGAACACUACAAACUGGUUGUGACUUAAAAAAAAAAGAAAAAAAAGAAGUGUUUUAAAUUGUCUGGGGAGGGAAUAAAAGACCAAACUGUUGAGUGUGAAAAUAGAUCCUUUCAUAAACGAUACAAAAGACAAGCAGGACAGUCGAAGGGAUGUUGAGACCAGUGGCUGCCAUUAUGAAAUUAAAGAAUAAAAGGAAAAUAGAUUGGAAAUCAAAACUUUUUUUUUUUUUUCUCUUUUUGUAAACUGUAUUUAUCGGGCACAUUUCUGUGUAUAUAUGGCUCUUCAGGUUUCUGUAGCUUUUCUUUUGUUUAUUGGCUGUUUAGGGUCAAGCUUGGCAUGUUAGGUAUUUCUCUCCCAGGGGUCGGAAAAGACAGUUCUCGUUUAAAUCCAAAGGAACCGAGCCGCCCUGUUUCAUUGAGGGUUUGCUGGUGCCGUGUCUUUUAAAUGAGGAGUAUGAGUGAUAACAGGGUGUUAACACGACCGUGCAGAGGCAUUAAAAAUCCCCGGUGGAGAACAGACUCUAACUAAAGAAAUGUCAAGGCCUCUCCCUGUUUAAGCGAGCUAAUAUUUUUACCAUGAAUUAGCGGGCAGGUACGUGACGUACACUGUUCAGAGCUUGAUCGAUGACUGCUGCGAUGUGUUCUGCUUCCACAUCAACAAUGUAAUAUGCGCCAUUUUACCGUUAUGAUCAUAUUUUACUACUUCAGUUACUUCUGGUUCAUCCCUCCCUCUCAUCCCCCCUCCUUCUUCUUCUCUUUCUCUGACUGUGUGGUAACAUUAGCUCUGUACCUAUUUUAAUGCCAAACUUAUUGCUUACCUGUGUUUUGUCCAAAAAAAAAAAAAAAACUAAUGAGGGAAAAGAAAAUCAACUAGGCCCCUUUUUAAUCUGACCUGAAAUCAGCUGUCUGCCUUAACUCCACCCCCCUGCGAGAUUUGGACAGCUGCUAAAGUGAAUCAAAUUGACCCUUUUUAUCUGCAGAUGGGCAUUUAACCACUAGCUAGCCCGCUGACGCGUUACACAUACGUAGAUACACACUGUGUAUGUGAGGGAGACGAGCUACAGGCCUAGUUUGAUCUUUGUGUACAAAUUGUGGCAUUUCAGAUGAAUCCAACCCACGUCGACAUUUUUUCCUUCCCACCCCCCCCUCCAUGCGCACACACACCGAGCCUGCAUACAGUAUAUGCAUGCAUACAUAGAUGAUGCAUACAUAUAUUCCAGUCUAUCUAUCCUAGCUGUUUUCUCUCCAGGCUAACUGUAUAACUGUAGGGAGCUUCUGGAUUUCACGGCAGUGUGAGUGAAUCUGUUUUCCUUGACGGUGUGUUCUUCCUCUUCUUUUUCUUUUGUCCUUGUUUUUAUUUUUUAUUCCUAGAUAUAUUCGGACAGUUAUUAAUCUUAUUCUGAUGAUGAUUAUUCUUUGUAAAGCAACGUGUGAGUGUGUGUGUGUGAGCGUGUGAGUGUGUGUGUGAGCGUGUGAGUGUGUGUGUGUGUGAGCGUGUGAGUGUGUGUGUGUGUGUGUGUGUGUGUGGACCCAGGGGGAUUACAGGGGGAGGAUCAAGCCAAACCUGACGCAUCUAUCUAUCUAUCUAUCUAUCUAUCUAUGGAUUGAUCUAUCUAUCUUAUCAAUGUGGCCCUCCUGUCUUGCUCUUCCCUUCUCUUCCUGCCUCUCCUCCUCAACAUUAUUUGCUGUGUUUGUUCUUUGGAAAAAAUAAAAACGAAAAAAUGAAAAAAUGAAAAUGCUACACAAUAAACUAUAAUAAAACAUUCUAAACUCUAAA